AUGUUUCGAUUAUCCGUUACAUUCGAUUUGAUUAUGAAAUUAUUAAUUUUAGGACAUUUUGAUUUAAGUAUUAGUACACUUAAUUUAAGUCAAGGUACAAUGACUGAUGAUCGUCUUCAACAAUUAUUAAGUACUGUACCUGAAGAAAGUAUUAUUUUAUUAGAAGAUAUUGAUGCAGCAACAGUUGGUAGACAUUAUGAAAAAGAUGAUGCUAUACGGUAUCAAGGCAUGAAACCAUUAACAUUGAGCGGAUUAUUAAAUGCACUUGAUGGAGUUAUUUCAACUGAAGGUAGAAUUAUUUUUAUGACAACUAAUUUUAUUGAACGUCUUGAUCCAGCGUUGAUUCGUCCAGGUCGAGUUGAUUAUAAACACUACAUAGGUCCUUUAACAGCUUAUCAAGUUGAACGUAUGCUAAUUCGUUUCUAUCCUCAAUCAACUCGUAAUGAAAUUGAUCAAUUUUUAAAUGAAAUAGAACGUUUAACAGAUAAUUAUUCAAAACAAUUAAGUGCAGCACAAUUACAAGGAUUUUUUAUGUAUUAUAAAGAUUCUAUAAAACAGGUUUUUGAUAAUAUUGAUCAAUUGUAUUGUUUAUAA